AUCUUUGCAGAAUAGAAACGAAGACAGGUAGCUGAAACGACGGUUAGUUGGCUUGACACACUGUCGUACCAACAAACAACUGGCCUCUUCUCAAUUCUCCCCUUCAAUCAAAACCUAAAAGAAGCUCAUCUUCACAUCUUUUUCAGAUUUUGGAACCCACAAAUUCUCUCAACAACAAAGGGAAACAUUUGAAAAACUAGAGGCAACAAACACCAGGAGAUGGUGAGAUUCCAAUAUGGUUUUUCUAAUCUGAUCAAGAAACACUGAUUACAUUCAUUAGGAAAGGAAAAAUGGAGGUUAAAGAGGCGAAAAGGACAAUUAUAGCAAAACCAGUUGCUUCAAGGCCUACCAUUUCCAACUUUGGAUCCUUCUCUGACCUCCUUCCUGGUGCCAAUAACAUUUCACCCUCAACAGAACCCACAGUCACUGCCAUCAGACCAAAAACAGUGAGGUUCAAGCCUGUUAUGAGCUCUCCAAAUGUUGAGAUCUUGAAAUCAGAUCACACAUCUCCAUUGCUAUAUAAACCCUUGGCAAAGACAGUAUCAAGAACAACCAUUAGUCUCUUGGCAAACAUGGGAACUUGUGAUACAAGCCAUGAACAAGCAGCAACUCAAAAUCUUGAAUCAAUGAAUCCCCCAAAACCAACACCUGUGAAGUCAGAUGAUAAAAGAUUGCAGUCACACACAAACAACUCAGAUCGACCUUCUUAUGAUGGAUAUAAUUGGAGGAAAUAUGGUCAAAAGCAAGUCAAAGGAAGCGAGUUUCCAAGAAGUUACUACAAGUGCACACACCCGAAUUGUGUGGUGAAAAAGAAGGUUGAAAGAUCAAUAAAUGGUGAAAUAGCUGAAACUGUUUAUAAAGGUGAACAUAAUCAUACAAAGCCCAGGCUUCCUAGGCGCCAUGCUUUUGAUGGAACUAUCAAAGAUUCAAGCUCUCAAUUGCCAAGUAAUCAACUCAAGAAUGAUAAUAAGUUGAAUGAAGUUGUUGGAUCAUCUUCACGUUUGACCAAUUUGGUCAAAGUCCAUGAAGAAUUUGAUGCUAGUUGUAUGCCAACUCUUGAACCCAUCACAAGUAAAAGAAGGAAAAUUAUAAGUGAAAGAUAUGGAGAAGGUUUAAAAGAGGGUGGAGUUGGUGUUCAUGAUGGGAUUGAUUCAGAGGCAAUUGCUGAUGGUUUUAGAUGGAGAAAAUAUGGGCAGAAAGUUGUGAAGGGCAAUCCUUAUCCCAGAAGUUAUUAUAGAUGCACAGGAGUUAAGUGCGAUGUGAGGAAACAUGUGGAAAGAGCAUCAGAUGAUCCAAAUGUUUUUAUUACAACUUAUGAAGAUAUAAUGUUUUCAAGAUGGGCUGUUGACGAAAUUCUCAUGGGCUUUUCAUAA